CGUUGGGAAAAAAGUUUUCAUCGUCUCCCGUAGCUUGCUUGCGUAUAUGCCUCAAACUUUCUUUCAAUAUCAGUUGCUUGGUUUUUCGAUUUACUUUUAAAAUUUUGUGAAACUUUCAAGAUUAAUUGGUAAUUUACACAUACAAAUGAACCCAGAUGGGGAGAUGCAAUCUGUGUCAAAUAUUUGCUCCUGCAGUAUGGUCUUUGACCUGGACCCAUAUCUGACAAUACCAAUAAGUUUCAUGGAGAUGGCAUUCGGCGAGAAGCCUCACCAACUAUAUGUUGUUGAUGAAGCUGGUAUCAUAUAUGCUGUCGAUUUCCGAUGUAGACUAAGCCGGCCGAGAGAAUGGUAUCAUGGAAAGGGAUGGUGCAAGUUUGCAAGUGAUCAUAUGAUUCGGUGUGGUAGCUUAAUUCAUCUUGUGGUUUCUUCUCUUCAAAAUACAAUGAUUUAUUGCAACGUGUUAUCACUUUGAUCCUUCUAAUCAUGGAUGUGUAUGUUUUCUGUAGCUAUCGUGUUUGCAAUUUAGAUUAUUACCCAUUCGCCUAAUUUGUUGUGUUUGUCCUAUAGAA